AUGCAUGAACGCAAAUCCAAUCCGUACAGCGAACCAUCCACGUCGCCUCAUAUCCAGCACCCCACUUUACCCAAAAUCAUUAUCACGUUCGCUACUCGCGUCACCACCGUUGCCUUCGCCGCCCUCGUUACUCUCGCGUCGACCGCCAGGGCCGACUUCUACGCCAACUUCUUCGACGACGGGAGCUGCACCCAGAACGGCGGCCAGGGUGUCGACCUCCGCAACACCGGCUGCCUCAGCGAAGCAGGUCGCAGCUCCGUCUACAUUCCCAACACGGGCCUCGGUACGACGGGCGACAACCAGUGGUGCCUUGUGAUCACGUCGGGCGACAGUACAUGCACGUGCCAGAACGUCGGAUUCGACUUCACGGCACUGGGUUCUGCAAGACGUUGA